ACAAUCCUUCCUCUUUCCCCCACCCCCACUUCUGGUCUUCAGUUUUGUUAUAUUGUUACCGCAGUCGAACGCCGGCACCCCUCACUGUCCCAUUCACUUUCUUUCUUCUCUCCCUCUCUGCUGCAGCCGUAAGCUGCUGGCUGUCCAGCAUCCCUCCACUGCCCCCACCGGGUUCUUUUCCUUCUUCUCUUCCUAUCUCUUUCUGCCGCAACCGCACGCCGGCGAGUCACCCUCGUGUUCUGCCGCAGCCGCACCAGUGUCGACUACCUUCUUUUGCAGCUGUCCGUCGCCGUGGUCCACUCCAGUCUUCCCCCACACUUUCCAUCUUCUUCCAGUCGCUCGCCGUCGAGGUCUUUUGGGUUGGACCAACUCCGGUUCUUGCUAGCAAUUUUUGGGUUUUGUAAAACAAGGGAGUGGAAUUAUACGCCCAAAAACUCAUGGUCUAUUUUUCCUGACAGGCAGGUGAGGUUGUGUUGCAUAAAGGAUUUUGAGACGCUACAGGCUCCAAGUGAGCAGACAUGGGAGUUCCAGCCUUCUAUAAGUGGUUAGCGGAGAAGUAUCCAUUGGUAGUUGCGGAUGUAAUAGAGGAAGCACCCAUUGUAAUAGAUGGCGUCGCCAUUCCAGUUGAUACAAGCAAACCCAAUCCAAACAAUCUUGAAUUUGAUAACCUCUACCUAGACAUGAAUGGCAUUAUUCAUCCAUGCUUCCACCCAGAAGAUAGGCCUUCUCCAAGAACUUUUAGCGAGGUAUUUCAUAGCAUGUUUGAUUAUAUUGAUAGGCUUUUUGUCAUGGUCCGGCCUAGAAAAUUGCUAUACAUGGCUAUUGAUGGUGUUGCCCCUAGGGCAAAAAUGAAUCAACAGCGAUCUCGACGAUUUAGAGCUGCAAAAGAUGCAGUAGAAGCGGCCGCUGAAGAGGCACGAUUAAGACAGGAGUUUGAGAGGGAGGGACGAAAGCUUCCUCCAAACGAAGAGUCACAAGUUUUUGAUUCCAAUGUGAUCACUCCUGGAACUGACUUUAUGUCUGUUCUUUCCGUUGCUUUGCAGUACUACAUUCAUCUUAGACUAAACAACGACCCAGGUUGGAAAGGUAUUAAGGUUAUUCUUUCUGAUGCCAAUGUUCCGGGUGAAGGGGAGCACAAAAUAAUGUCCUAUAUUCGUCUUCAGAGAAAUGUUCCUGGUUUUGAUCCCAAUACUCGUCACUGCCUGUAUGGUUUGGAUGCAGAUUUGAUAAUGUUAGCUUUGGCUACCCAUGAAGUCCAUUUUUCAAUAAUGCGUGAGAUCAUGUUCACUCCUGAACAGCAAAAAAAGUGCUUUCUAGCUGACCGUAAACGUAAAGCAAAGAGAAAGGCUAGUGAGUUUGAUGCGAAAGGGGAAGGUGUAGUUAAAAAACCUUACCAGUUUCUCCAUAUAUGGAUACUUAGAGAGUACUUGGAACGUGAGAUGUGUAUUCCUAAUGCUCCCGUUGAAAGUGACGUUGAACGCAUUGUGGAUGAUUUUGUGUUCAUGUGUUUCUUUGUUGGUAAUGACUUUUUACCUCAUAUGCCCACAUUAGAGAUUCGGGAGGGUGCAAUUGACUUGCUAUUGACUGUGUAUAAGAAGAAAGUAAGGGAAGUUGGUGGGUAUUUGACUAAAGGAAGCAAGCCAAAUUUGCGCAUAGUGGAACAAUUUAUUCAAGCUGUUGGAAGUAAUGAAGAUAACAUAUUCCGAAGAAGAGCUAAACGGCAUAAGAAGCAGGCAGGCAGAAUAAAGCUCGCUAAAGCUCUGACAAGUAGAGGAGAUGAUGCAGGGCCCUGGGUUCAACCAUCCUUAGUUGCAGUUGCUCGUUUUCAUAGAUCUCGUCUAGCUUCAGCUCCUUAUCCUUCGCCAUAUGGACAAUCAAGAAAAGCCACGUCCAGAUUCUCAGGACUGAAAAAUAAGAAUAUGCAACGUCCUAACAAAGUUGCACGUCCAUCGUCUGGGGAUUCUAUUGGUUCUGCCAUCGUUGAAGCAGAAAACACUUUGGAAAUAGAUAUCCAUGAGAACAACAAGGAAUUGAAGACAAAGCUUAAGGAGUUUCUGCGUGAGAAGUCUGAUGUUUUCAACUCUAAUGAUUCAGAAGUAGACAAGAUUAAAUUGGGCAUACCUGGGUGGAGAGAGAGGUAUUAUAAUGAGAAGUUUUCUGGAAAUACUCCCGAGGAACUCGAUGACAUACGAAAUGAUGUUGUUUUGAGGUACACAGAAGGCCUAUGUUGGAUUAUGCGCUAUUAUUACGAAGGCGUUUGUUCUUGGCAAUGGUUUUAUCCAUAUCAUUAUGCACCAUUUGCUUCUGAUCUCAAAGGUCUUGAUAAGCUGAAUAUAUCAUUCACUCUAGGCACUCCCUUCAAGCCAUUCAAUCAGCUACUGGGUGUCUUCCCUGCUGCUAGUGCACACGCACUCCCCGAGCAGUAUCGGAAAUUGAUGACGGAUCAGAACUCGCCUAUUGUUGAUUUCUAUCCUAAUGAUUUUGAAGUGGAUAUGAAUGGUAAACGGUUUUCCUGGCAGGGAAUUGCAAAGUUGCCUUUCAUUGAUGAAACCCGCCUUCUUGCAGAGGUUGAAAAAGUCGAGCAUACAUUGACGCAAGAAGAAGUGCGGAGAAAUAGUGUGAUGUUUGACAUGCUUUUUGUCACAUCUUCUCACCCCCUUUCUGUUAGUAUAUACUCGCUCAAUGACCGCCGUAAGCUGACGGGAAGAAAACGUAAUCGGGUUAAGGAAAAAAUAAACCCUGAACUUAGCUGCAGUGAAGGAAUGAAUGGUUAUCUCUUUCCAUGUUCGGGAGAGUUGUGCCCUCAAAUAUUCAGGUCUCCAGUUGAGGGCAUGGAGGAUAUUAUGAACAACCAAGUCAUAUGUGCUAUAUAUCGGCUUCCGGACCCACACAAGCAUAUCACGAAACCGCCUGCUGGGGUGAACUUUCCUCCAAGGACGGUGAGCAUGAGAGACAUGAAACCUGAACCUGGUUUACGGCAUAAAGAUACGCAACGCCACGACAAUGGAAGAUGCAUGGGAGACACGAGGCCUGAACCUGGUUUGCAGCGUAAAGAUAUGCAACGCCACGACAAUGGAAGAUGCAUGGGAGACACGAGGCCUGAACCUGGUUUACGGCAUAAAGAUAGGCAACGCCACGGCAAUGGAAGAUGCAAUGAGAACGCAAGGCCAAAUGCUCCUGGAAUCAUUUCAGGUCGACUAUUAGGGGAUGCAUCACGUAGACUUGUUAACAGCUUGCUGCUGGUUAGGAGGGGAGAUUCUAAGGUUGAGGACAAUUGUCAGGCACUCCCACUUCCCCAUACGGCACAGCCCUGCAUCCUUGGGCAACCUCCUCCUUCACAGGCUCAAGAAGAAGACUACAGAAUGGCAGUUGUGCCAGACCGAACUAUUCCGACACAACACAACGUGUAGUCAACGAGAUCAUGGGCAACAUCUGUCACUCCGAGGCCAUCACCGCAAUGUGAGAACUCAUUCCAUGAUCACAAGAUCAAGCAGAAGAAUACAGAACCAGGUGCCAGACCAGACUAUUCCAAAGGUCAUCACGCCACCUAGAUCGAGUACCGUCAGCCACUCCCAAGUCGCCACAGAAAAAUGAGACCUCCUCACUCACACAAUUGUAGAGCACACAAUCAGAGAAUCGUGAGGCUUACUAACCCAUGGACAUCAACAUUCUUGUGAGGUUUACGACGACUUGCCUCCCUAUCCUCGUAAUAAACCUACAUUUUCCACCAUCCCAACUUAUGAGUGUUUACAAUUACAAUCAACUGUUGGAAGCUUUGGGUAGUAGUGAGCAAAUUGGCGAUUGGUGUCAUGGUCAUGUUUAUCUAGGGCGUGUUGCCUGUGGUUAUAUAUCUAUGUUAUGCCAAACCCUUAGUCUAGCUCAUGUUGUAUUACUUUGAUUUUAUGUUAAUUAUUUUAUUAUUAUAUUUGUUGUGGCACAAUUAUGUUCCUGGAAUGCCUCGAAGUGUAUUACAGGGAGAUGUGACUAGUCUUCAAUUCUUUUUACCCGGAGUUGUAUGUUAUUUAAGCUGUUGUUGGCCCUUGCUUGC